AUGUCGGUGGAAACAGCUUUUGUUAAUCGCUUUUGGGGCCAGCAGGAGGCCGGCUUCCAGGUGAUACAGACUAGACUUGCACAUUCAUUGACUACCCUCCAGGAACUUCUAACAUUCUACAAAGAACGAGUUGCCAUUGAGAAAGAAUAUAACAAACGCUUGGAUAAGCUCGUGAGCUCCUAUACGCUAGGCUCUGGUGAAACGGGCUCAAUCAAGGUUGCCUUGGAGAAAUUGCAGAACGAGAGUGGUAACAUGGUUAGACAGAACCAGAAGUUCAUCAAGAGUGUUUCUUUCCACAACUACGAAAAGCUCAGCUCCUUUUACGGCAACUAUAAACACAACGUCUCCAAAAUGGAGUCUCAUAUGCAAAAGGUCUUGAGCAAAAAGAAGGACUUCUUCACCCACCUCGAAGCCAUUAAAGACAAGUACAGAAUAGAAUGCCAUCUGAUCAAGACAUUGCUGCUACAGUGCCAGACCACAUGGGGUAAGGAACUAGAGAAGAACAAAGCAAAGCUCAUAAAGGCAGAGAAGAAUGCUGGUGUACUCAAGGACCAGUAUUUGAAGUGCAUCCAUAAGUGCACGGAAAUACAUGAUGUGUGGGUUAGAGACUGGCGUGCUGCUUUGCUGAAUGUUUAUCAGUUAGAAAUUGAGCGUAUCCAAAUUUGCAAACUCAAUUGCUUCAAUUUCUGCAACCACGUUGCAUCGCUAUGUGUCGAUUGGGACCAGCUGGUGGAUGUAGCCAGAACCUCGUUUGCAAGCAUACUAGCACCGAAAGAUAUCCAUGAUUUUGCCGAGGCCUACGGCACGGGCAACAAGAUUUCCAAAGCCCCGAAGUUUAUCGAUUUUGCAGAAGGAUACGAUGACGACUCCGAAUCACAGGACUUCGAGCUCGCUGACUUUAAAGAUCCAGACUUCUCCCAGAUUCUUACUAGAACAUUCUCCACUCAGUCAGCUCCAUCCAGCAAACAAACAAGCCCCACCAAAAGAAGCCCGAAGAGAAACAACGUUGAGUCAGGCUCACCCACAAGAGCAACGAAUGGCGGUCUACUAGUACCACAGAAUAAGAGCCUUCCACCAAUCAAAGAACCAAAUGGCAACGGUGAACUCCGCAAGCAAUUAUCACAGACAAGUAACUACACAUCUGGUCCAGAAGACAAACACGAUGUGUUCGAUUCCAGCAAGAAAUUCCGUGAAUCCAAUGACCUGGACUACUCCAAUCCCACGAACUAUACCUCGCAGACGACAAGAAGUUGGGCAUCUCCAAGAAAGAAGGAGAGACUGGAAAUGCAAGAAAGAAUCAAUCGAAGACUGCAAGAUUGGACCAAUACAUUCCAGCCUCCACCGCCCCAGCCAGAGAAGCCCGCUGUUUCCAUUAACAAGGACUUUUCAAUGGACUUCAUUGCCAAAGCACUUGAGGAUCUUAAUACUGGAGGCAAUGGUGAUGUGAACCAGUUCAGGCGAUCUGUAAGGAGUCAGGCAAAAGACAAUGACCAUGUGUCCUAUAGGAACCAUCGCCCUCAGUCAGACUUCGUUGAUGAUUCCAGAGAACAGGCAACUAGGUAUGAUUCCAUCUCAUUCAAGACACCACAAAAACCGAGGCCAAAGUCUAUGGUGGACAGUGUCAUGGGCGAAGAUGAUCUGAUGAGGACUGUUGUUGCAAGAACUCCUAUGAAACCACAGACUCAAUCCAAGCGGUUCUCACUGCAAUCUCCCACAAAAUCGUACAUGGACCUUCAUUCUAUGAUAGAUAAAGUGACGCCGGCGUCAGGACACGAGUAUGUGGCCAAGGCAAAGGCCAUUUAUACGUACAGUGCUAGAGAGGAGGGAGAACUCUCGUUCAAGAAAGGCUGGAACAUGUUUGUGCUUCAUAAGCAAGAGGACAAUUGGUAUGUGUGUGAGUUAGCAAACAAUUGCGGAAGUGACGUUGGAAACGUUGGUUUAGUACCUUACAAUUAUGUGAAGGAGGGCGACAACAUUCUUGAUAUCGCCUUCUCCAAAGGUCUCAAUGCUAUAGAUACCUCCUCAUACUACGGCAGAUCAGAGGAAUUGAUUGGUCAGGCCUUGAAGAACCUUCAGUCCAAGUGGCCUCGUGAUAGCUAUUACAUUUGUACCAAAGCUGGACGUAUUGCCGACCACGAGUUCAACUACUCUAGAGAACAUGUGAGGGCCUCGGUCAAAAACUCAAUGAAGCUACUUAAUACGAACUAUCUCGACCUUGUUUACAUGCAUGAUGUUGAAUUUGUGGAAACUCCAAAGAUCUAUGAAGCUUUGAAGGAAUUGCUUGCGUUGAAGAACGAGGGGUUGAUCAAGGCAUUUGGAUUCUCAGGGUACCCUAUCAAAUUUUUGUAUGAGAUUGCGCAUACUUGUGCUCAUGAGAAGAAGGAGGAGAUUGGCCCCGUGGAUUGUAUUCUUACCUACUCUCAUGGCUGUCUUCAGAACACUGCCCUUUUUGAUAUGUACGACUCGUUCAUGAACGAUUGCGGCAUCAAAAAGCUUCUUAACGGAUCCAUCUUGAGCAUGUCUCUUCUUCGGUCAGGUAAAACGCACGACUUUCACCCUGCUCGUGUUGAAUUGAGGAAUAAAGUUGACGAGGUGGCUCAAUCCUUAAAGGAUUCACAUAACGUGGAGCUUGCAGAAUUGGCUACAAAGUUUGCUCUCAAACGUUGGCUUUUUGACUCGAAAAGUCAGAAGGAAUAUCCACUUGAGUGGAAUAAUAAGACCUCUGUGGUACUUGGCGUGUCUACGGUGGACGAGCUUAAAUCUGCCUUACAAAGUUAUUAUAGCGUGAAGGACCAGGCCAAUGACGAGGACGAGAAAUUGUUCAAGUUGACAAUUGACAAGCUCGGUGACUAUUAUAAUGAAACCUGGCCAUCUGGACUUCACUAG